UUCCUUUUUCUUUCACACUUCCCUGUAAAAACCCUAGUGAAAGAGUCUCUGCGACGCUCCCUCACACCCAUAAAACCCUAGCUUUCCUUCUUUUAACCCGCUUCUCUCUCUUCAUCUAUAUUUUCUCUCUUUCUUUACUGCAAAUUCCUUCCGUAAGGCGAAUUUUUCUCAUAUUUCGGCCAUCCGUACAAUCUAGGGUUUUAUAUCCAGCGAAAUUCACUGACUUCUGUCAAGAAUCAGGCUAAAUUUGGCCGGAUUUAGAGGAAUUUCUCUCUCUUCCUUAGGACUCUGUGGCUGAUGCUAUUGCUGAGAUCCCACAAUAGAAUUGAAAACUGGACUUGUGUUGGGAGUUUAUAAAGUGCAGUGAAAGUCAAUAAUUAUUUAAAAUGACUAUUUCGAUCCAGAAAACUCCUAGCACUCCAGCUUCAAAUAUAGAAAGAACACCUUCUUCUACACCUGGUGGUCCUAAAGCAAGGGAAGAGAAGAUACAUGCCACUCCAGCUUCAAAAAUAGAAAGAACACCUUUAUCUACACCAGUUUUCCCUAAAGCAAGGGAAGAGAAGAUACAUGCCACUCCAGCUUCAAAAAUAGAAAGAACACCUUUAUCUACACCAGGUGGUCCUAAAGCAAGGGAAGAGAAAAUACUUGUCACUGUAAGAGUGCGUCCUCUAAGUAGCAAAGAGUUGGCACAAAGAGACCAAAUAGCUUGGGAAUGCGCAGAUGAUCACACUAUCUUAUUCAAGAAUCAGUCUCAAGAACGAUCUAGCUCACAAGCCUCAUAUACUUUUGAUAGGGUUUUUAGACCAGAAUGCUUAACCGAAAGAGUAUAUGUGGAAGGAGCCAAGGAUGUUGCAUUAUCUGCUCUCACAGGCAUCAAUGCAACCAUAUUUGCAUAUGGUCAGACGAGUAGUGGAAAGACCUUUACUAUGAGAGGGAUCACUGAGUGUGCUGUAAAUGACAUAUAUCGGCAAAUUCACAAUAACCCUGAGAGGGACUUUACUAUAAAGAUAUCUGCUCUUGAAAUCUACAAUGAGAUUGUGAGGGACCUUUUGAAGCCAGAUUCUGGCCCUCUUCGGCUUUUAGAUGACCCAGAGAAAGGAACAGUUGUUGACAAACUGAUUGAAGAAACUGCUAGUGAUAGCCAGCACCUGAAGCAGCUGAUUGCCGUUUGUGAAGCUCAAAGGCAGGUGGGGGAGACUGCUCUUAAUGAUACAAGCUCAAGAUCACAUCAAAUAAUUAGGCUGACUGUAGAGAGUAGUCUUCGGGAGAACACUGGAUGUGUCAAAUCCUUCAUGGCAAGCUUGAAUUUUGUGGACCUCGCUGGAAGUGAGCGAGCUUCUCAAACACAUGCAGAGGGAGCAAGACUGAAGGAAGGAUGCCAUAUUAAUCGAAGUUUGUUAACCCUUACUAAAGUGAUAAGGAAGCUCAGUGAUGGGAGAGGAAACAGUAGUCACAUACCAUACAGGGAAUCAAAGCUCACACGAAUCUUGCAGCUUUCACUUGGAGGAAAUGCUAGAACUGCCAUCAUUUGUACCAUGAGUCCUGCACUUAGCCAUGUGGAACAGUCAAGGAACACACUCUUCUUUGCAACAUGUGCUAAGGAAGUCACCAACAGUGCCCAAGUCAACAUGGUUGUCUCAGAAAAGCAGCUGGUAAAACAUCUGCAAAAGGAAGUUGCCAGGCUUGAGGCAGAGCUGCGCACCCCAGACAGAUCCACAUGUACCUCAGAAGCUCUCGUAAUGGAAAAGGAACUAAAAAUUCGGCAGAUGGAAUUGGAAAUAGAAGAGCUCAAACGUCAGAGGGACCUAGCUCGUUCCGAACUUGAUGAGGAACUUCAAAAGAAAAAUCUUAAGGAAUUCCUGGAAUCACCUCACCGAGUAGCGAAAUGUCUGUCAUUCCCUGGUCCAAUGCUGGCCCCACAUGGAGAUAGUGACACUGUUAUUAUAGGGGAACCAAUUUCAGUAAACAAAACAAGAAGUAGCACGUUGAUGAGGCAAUCACAAACCUCUUCUCUGAUGCUUGUACAGGAGAUACGCAAGCUCGAGCAGCUUCAAGAGGAGCUUGGUGAAGAUGCCAGUAGAGCUCUUGAAAUGCUCCAAAAGGAGGUUGCUUGUCACAGGCAAGCCCAAGCUGGAAUGAACCACGAGGUCACUGAUAACAUCAAAAAGCUUCAAGAAGAGAUAAGAGAAUUGAGGGCUGUUCGAUCGUCUGGUGCAUGCAUGGGGGGGCUUGGGAAUGGUGUAGACAAGAGUGUGGGUGCUAAUCUCAAAGAAGAGUUAACCAGGCUUCACACACACGGGGAGAGGGAAAACAAGACUUGUGUAGAUAACACCAUUGCCACACUGGAAGAGCAGCUUGAAAAUGUGCAGAAGUCAAUUGACAAGUUGGUUCUCUCCCUACCGAACAAUUUGAUCACUGAUUUGGCUCCGCAGGCUAAAUCUAAGAAGAAGAAGAAGAAAAUGCUUCCAUUGUCUCUGAGCAACAAUGCCAAUAGGCAGUUCAUAAGGGCACCCUGCUCACCUCUAUCCUCCUCAUCCAUGAGAGAUUUGGACGUGGAGACUGAGAAUAACCCACCACCAGAGAACCAAGAGCUUGUUCGGCCUGGUAAUAAUUUGGCAGAAGCCCAGAAAGCUACCCCAACCAAGAGUGAUUGUGGUGAUGAUGCCUCCUCUAGAGAGGGAACACCUUGUUAUCAGAGAUCAAAUUCAGUUGAUGUCAGAAAAAUGCAGAAAAUGUUUAAGAAUGCUGCUGAGGAGAAUAUCAACGGCAUUAGGGCAUAUGUAACAGAGCUUAAAGAGAGGGUUGCUAAACUACAAUACCAGAAGCAGCUCCUUGUUUGCCAGGUACUGAAACUUGAAGAAGACAAUGAACUUGCACCAGCUGAUGAGGGGGUUGAGUCUCAAAAUUUCUCGGAGUUAAAUAACAGAUCCCCAUCAGCAUGGAAGCUAGAGUUUGAGAAUCAAAGGAGGCAGAUCAUACUGUUAUGGGAUGUAUGCCUAGUCUCAAUAGUGCACAGGACCCAGUUCUACCUAUUAUUCAAAGGGGAUCCAGCUGAUCAGAUAUAUAUGGAGGUUGAGCUUCGAAGAUUGACUUGGUUAGAACAACACUUUGCUGAGCUUGGCAAUGCAAGCCCAGCUCCUUUUGGAGAAGAGCCAGCGAUCUCUCUCUCUUCUAGCAUAAGAGCUUUGAAGCAUGAGAGAGAAGUACUAUCGAAAAGGGUGAAUUCCCGUUUCACCCCGGAGGAGAGAGAAAUGCUUUACUUGAAGUGGGAUGUUCCCCUUGAUGGAAAGCAGAGGAAACUGCAGCUUGUAAACAAACUGUGGACAGAUCCCAACAACAUGCUGCACGUGCAAGAGAGUGCUGCAAUUGUAGCAAAGCUCGUGGGCUUUUGCGAGGCGGGUCAUGUAUCAAAAGAAAUGUUUGAGUUAAAUUUCGUAUUGCCUUCUGAUAAAAAACCGUGGCUUCUUGGAUGGAACCCGCUUUCAAAUUUAUUACAUUUAUGAGGAUUAGUUGUAGCAGCCCAGGUCCAUUCUUUUAAAUAAAAAUACAAUUCAUUGAGUCU